UCUGCAUAUCAGUAAUUUUUAUACUAAAGUUUUAAUAGUGGUUAUUUCUGAGGGAUGGGCAAACGCUGCUUUUUUUCUUAUGUACAUUUUUUUUAAAAAGGAAUGUUACUUACAUGACUUUAAAAUAGCAGUAUAUUGAGCAAUGGAGCCAUCAUGACUGCAGAAGAAAUGCGAGAGCCAUUAGGAAACUUUGGGGCAAAUGUGGCUAUUGUGACAUUUGUAUGGGUAUAGUUGUACCAGACCUGCCCUUGGAGGACAUACUGUACUAUGAGUGUUGUAAAUAGAGGUGUUCUCUUUCUUUUUAAAAAAAUCUUUUUUUAAAAGAUUGAUUUUAGAGAGAAAGGAAGGGAGAGAGAGAGAGAAACAUUGAUUUAUUGUUCCACUUGUUUAUGCAUUUAUUGGUUGAUGUUUGUAUGUCCCUGACCCAGGAUGGAACCUGGGAGGAUGCUCUAACCAAAUGAGCUACUUGGGCAGGACUUACAGAGGUACUGUCUUAAAGACAAUACCACUUCUGGUAUUUAGUUAUAUUUAGUAUUGAGUUAAGCAAUUUUUUCUCGAAUACCCACUGUGAGGCAGGCACAGUGUGCCUCAGAAGGGGGAAACAAAUGUGGGGAUGAUGGUGGAAAUCCCCAAGGCCACCUGGGCAUGUGACCCUGGGAGGAACCGGGCUGGGAAGGAACAGAUCUCGUUGGCGCAGGAAUCAUUCUGAGGCCCGAAAACUCGGUCUGAGAGGCAGUCAAGAGGAGUGGAGGACCUUGUUCAAGGAGUGUGGGAUGCUCAUUAGGAACUAAAUUUUGGAUUUUAUCGUGUAAACAAAGGAGAAUCAUUGGAGCCUUUUAGUGGGAAGGCUAUUUUCCCAUCACAAUCAGCCUCUUGCCUGGACUUUUUCAUUAUCAGGUAUUGAUGUUGCCAAAUGAUAAAGAGACAUUGAGCAUUGCUUACUGCUUUGAUUAGGUGGGUGCUCAUCUGAGGGACCUCCAGAGACUUCUGCAGAGAUUAACUUGAGGUACUUGGAAAUAUGGGAUGUAUAAAAUCAAAAAGGAAAGACAAUCUGAAUGACGAUGGAGUAGAUUUGAAGACGCAACCAGUACGUAAUACUGACCGAACUAUUUAUGUGAGAGAUCCAACGUCCAAUAAACAGCCAAGGCCAGUUCCAGAAUCGCAGCUUUUACCGGGACAGAGGUUUCAGACUAAAGACCCAGAGGAACAAGGAGACAUUGUGAUAGCCUUGUACCCCUAUGAUGGCAUCCACCCGGACGACUUGUCUUUCAGGAAAGGAGAGAAGAUGAAAGUCCUGGAGGAGCAUGGAGAAUGGUGGAAAGCUAAAUCCCUUUCAACAAAGAGAGAAGGCUUCAUCCCCAGCAACUAUGUAGCCAAAGUCAACACCUUGGAAACAGAAGAGUGGUUUUUCAAGGAUAUAACCAGGAAAGAUGCAGAGAGGCAGCUUCUGGCUCCAGGGAACAGCCCUGGGGCCUUUCUCAUCAGAGAAAGUGAAACAUUAAAGGGAAGCUACUCUCUGUCUGUCAGGGAUUAUGACCCUCUGCAUGGCGACGUCAUUAAGCACUACAAAAUCAGAAGUCUGGACAAUGGGGGUUAUUACAUCUCUCCAAGAAUCACUUUUCCUUGUAUUAGUGACAUGAUUAAGCAUUACCAAAAGCAAUCAGAUGGCUUGUGCAGAAGACUGGAGAAGGCUUGCAUUAGUCCCAAACCACAAAAGCCGUGGGAUAAAGAUGCCUGGGAAAUCCCGCGGGAGUCCAUCAAGCUGGUGAAGAGACUCGGCGCUGGGCAAUUCGGAGAAGUCUGGAUGGGUUACUAUCACAACAGCACCAAAGUGGCUGUGAAAACCCUGAAGCCAGGCACCAUGUCUGUGCAGGCAUUCCUGGAGGAAGCCAGCCUCAUGAAGACCCUUCAGCAUGACAAGCUGGUGAGGCUGUACGCCGUGGUCACUAAGGAGGAGCCCAUCUACAUCAUCACGGAGUACAUGGCCAAGGGCAGUUUGCUGGAUUUCCUGAAGAGUGACGAAGGGGGCAAAGUGCUGCUUCCAAAACUAAUUGACUUUUCUGCUCAGAUCGCAGAGGGAAUGGCGUACAUCGAGAGGAAGAACUACAUCCACCGGGACCUGCGAGCAGCUAAUGUCCUGGUCUCUGAGUCACUCAUGUGCAAAAUUGCUGAUUUUGGCCUUGCUCGAAUAAUUGAAGAUAACGAGUACACAGCAAGGGAAGGUGCUAAAUUCCCCAUCAAGUGGACGGCUCCGGAAGCAAUCAACUUCGGCUGUUUCACCAUCAAGUCUGACGUGUGGUCCUUCGGAAUUCUCCUGUAUGAAAUCGUCACCUAUGGGAAAAUCCCCUAUCCAGGGAGAACUAAUGCCGAUGUGAUGACCGCGCUGUCCCAGGGCUACAGGAUGCCCCGCAUGGAGAACUGCCCAGAUGAGCUCUAUGACAUCAUGAAAAUGUGCUGGAAAGAAAAGGCAGAAGAGAGGCCAACCUUUGAUUACUUGCAGAGCGUCCUGGAUGAUUUCUACACUGCCACGGAGGGCCAGUACCAGCAGCAGCCGUAGCGCGCAGGAAGACCUGGAGCCACCGGCCGGACGGCUCACUGGUUGCACUGGUUUCCAUGUGCUACGAUCACCUGCCAUCCCUGCUUCCUGACAUGAGGCUAAAUGACUCAGGAAGAAACACUCUCCACGUGGAAAAGUAUCCUUGUCUCGCAGGCUCAUGCCCAUGGCUCUGCUCCUUGGAUGACUCCCGGAUGGCCAUCUUACUUUGCUAGAACAGGGGCUGAAUACAGCCCUCUGAGAAGAAAGUGCCUCUUCUACCCAAAGGCAUCCACUUUGGCCUCUUGUUUACAAUCGGAUGUGCAAUUCAAAGGUUCAGAGCCCAUUUCCAUAAGUCCCUAAUAGUAGCGGAACUAAACUCAUUUAUAAAAGUAAAAUAACCAGAUGCCUAUCGUGGCAUGUCUUUUCUCUAUGCUUUGGUGUAUUUGUUUAAAAAGUACUAAUCCAACGAGUUAGAUUUUGCAGGUAAAGUCAGAAGCUUAAAAAUGUCUUUCCCAGAUCUCAGUGAUUACCCCUCCCCCUAAAAUCUGAGACUGGUAAACAUUUCCGUCUGUGGAGCCCAGAACCCCCAGGUAUGAGCAGCCACGCUUUUCUGAUCUCUUUCCUGUAGAAGGUGUCACCUGUGAGCCGUGCAAAGCUGCUGUGUUAAAUGACGUGGCCCUCACCGACUGCUGGCCUUGCCCAGACCUCCCAGGGCUACCUUAAGGACUAUUUUUCAACGGUCCGGCUUUUCCAUUCCACAACUUCUUAUAUACAGACUUUUUGUUGACAAUGUAAUUUGGAAGAACAAUAAGAUUCUAAUCUCUGCAGAACCUUAUAGAGCCUUAUAAAACAUAUGCAUUUUCUUUCUUGCUUCAAAUGAUUUGAACAUUAUUUUAAUGAUCAAAUAUUAAUUUUAGUUGUACUCAAAGUAAAAAACGCCUUAUUUGGAGGUUACGCUGUGAUUCAGCAAUCUUCAAAAUGGUGUAAGAUGUGUGUGAGCCAUAUUUAUACAAAAUAUGAGAGGAAAUAAGUAGCUGAGAGGGCUCUGAGCCAUUGUAGCAAGGAAUGCAGGAGGUUUUGUUUACUAAAUUUUUCUUACUACUGUAAACUUUGACUGGAAAAUGCUAUAUCAUGUUUCACUCAUGCUAUCAUGUAUAUACCUAAUAUUUCUAUUUUUUGAUUUUAUUUUAAUACACCUGACCCAAUAACAUCUCAAGCUUUUUACUUCUGUCGAAGAUUUUCAACGACUGUCAACAUAAAAAUGAGUACCAGUUGGGGGAGGGGGAGCUGAGAGUGAUUCCACAUGGUUACCUGGUUUAAAAGACGUGUGUACGUUCUACCUCCAUCCUGUGAGCGUUUUCAGAGCGGAGAACUGACAUGGGUGUCCGAACAUCCUUGUAUGGGGCCAAAUAGGAUUUGUUUUCAGACAGGCUUAGCAGGCACCGUUAAAAUCUCACCUUGUAAGUGCUGGCUAGGCAUUGGGUGCCUACGGGAAGAGACAAAAUAUUCUACUUUUCCUUAAAUUUUAUCUUCUUUUUGUGUGAUUCUUUAAAUGUCCUUUCUAAAAUAUUCCAAAAGUCUUGAUGUGCAAGAGCCAUAUUCACAAAGAUAGACUAUCAUCAUAGAACGUCUAGUCAGCCACAGCUAGUCACUUGAUUGACUGUGGUAAGUUUCCUACGUACACCCAUCUGUUCACAUUUGCUUUCAGAAUUCCACAUGUGGCCCAACAUAUUACUGGAGAGAAGGUGUAAAGAAUUCCAAAAGCAAAAAGAAGUCUCUAGAAUUACUAAAUGUGUCCUCACCUGGUUUUUCUUCUAUCAAUUUUGCUUCCUUUUUGAAAUUUUACAUUCAACUUCUCCUCUAAGUCAAGCGUGUGGUCCUUUCCUCCACGUGUGUCCCGCAGCUCAGGCCACGCCACCCACUUUCGGCAUGUGCUCCAGCGACACGGUGCUCAGUGCCCAGCACGCACCGCCUCCUCCUUUGGUGGUAGGAUUCCGCCCUCCUCGUGGCUGACAGGCAAAAUGAAGGGCUGAGUCAGUUUUUGUAUAAUCUCAGGGUUUCCAGAGGUAUGCAGAGUGGUUUCCAUCAUCACAUCUCAGGUCAUUACUGAGAACCUGAGGACUGGAAUGCCCACUCCCGGGACCCCGACUCAACUGUUCUGCCGCGAGGGGUAUACAUCUCCACACUUAAAAGGCGUCUCCAGUGAAUGUUUUCUCAGGCUGAGAGCCCCUCCUCUGCUUUGACCCCUUUUGCAACGUUGUCUUCUGAAAAGAAGACCAGCCUUCUCUUUCUUCCAAUGGUUUGGUUUCCCAAGGGAGGCAUAGAGGAGAAAGAGAAAGUGUCUUGCCAUUUUCCUUUCUUUAGGCUCACUGAACCUAAAAUAAAACUUGGAGGCUUAACACUGGUGUCUCUAGUAGAAAGGCACAGCGUAGCCCCUCCUAGCAUGCCUUCCUGGAUUCUGCCAGAGUCCACGAGAGGAGCAUGCCCUGACCAGGAAUCGAACCGGUGACCUCUUAGUGCAUGGGAUGACGCCCAACCAACUGAGUCACACAGGCCAGGGCUAGCCUACAUUUUGACUAUGAAGUUUUUAGAUUAAGGGAAAAUGAUCCUUGCCAUUCUUCCUGAUGGAAAUGGUAAUUAGAAAUACACAGAGACACACCCACCAUUUUCCUGGGGCUCCCGUUGAGUUUUGGCACUUUGUAAAAUCACCUCUCACUCAGGAUCGUCCUGGAAGGUGUGGCAGGUACUAUCACUGGUCCACAGCUGAAAAAUUAGGUGCCUGGGCCACAGAAGGAAUACAUUUGUUUCAUAUUAUUUCCUUGUAAAGUGAAGCAAGUGAAAUACCUCUCCGGUGGUAUCUCUCUGACUUCGCUGGGUAUUCUAAGGGCGAGGAAUUCCUUAUAAGAUGCUGCACUGGAGCCCACAUAGAAGUGAGGGAAAAUUUCUUGUAGGUAAUUUUAUUUUUAGACAAAAAGUCAUGCAAGAAUUCAACUCAUCAUUCACACUUUUAAAAAGCACAAUUUAUAUAGAAUAUGCUUUUGAAUAAAAUGCUUUGAUAACAUUUAUGCUCCAUUUCAUAAUGUGAAGAUGUAUUAAACUGAUUAAAUUUUAUCCCAGAAAGUUCUAAUCUGAUAGAUGUGCAGGAAGAAAGCCUUCCAAUUAAAUGUUUUGUGUUCUUAUGAAUCUAAAUACAUCAGAAAGGAGUGAGUGCCAAAAAUUUCACAAGAUUCCCAAGGUGGCCACCAUGUAACACUGGGUACAUCCCUUGUGGAAAUAAUAGGGGCAGUCUUGGUGGCCUUCAUCUCUAGGUCCUUGGAAAGCUAUUGGGAAUCAUCUGGAUUAACCAAUGUGCAAUGUUAACACAGAAAUUCUAGAAUCAAGGGUGGAUGCUUAUCACAGAGCAAGAAAACAAUCUGUGAAUUUUUAAAAAUUUUAUUUUACACUUAUACUGAGCAUGGACCACUUAAUCCCUGAUUCGUUACCCUUAGCGUCGGAAGUAUUUUUUAUUUCAGGUUUGUUUUUUGUAUUGUUAUUAUUAUUUUACCUAAAAGAUUAAUACAAGGAACAUAUUGAAUAUUUGGUAGUAAUGCCUCAGUGAACACUGGAAAAAAUAACCUUUAGUCAAAUAAAACAUUCCUGCAGAAAAAUGCCUGAACUUGUACUAAGUGGGAUGAAUAUAGCCCAUAAAUUGCUUUAGGUCAGAUUUUACCUCCAAAUGAGUUCUAAAAUGGUUUUCAGGGUGUUUUGGACUUUGGAAUUGGGGAUAAGAGGACAGACCUGGACCUAGAGAGCUUGAGGAACGUCCAAGAACUUUUAGUGUCAGUGGUGUAUAUGAUUCAAAUGGAGGUCAUUGGGAGUGUGGUUGCCCAAAACCCAUUUAAUGCAGGCAUGUUCCAAGAUGCAAAAUAGUUAUGUGUCUCUUUAAAACAUAGUCAUUAAUAUAAUCUGAUCACGUGCACCUCAGAGAGGUCUGAUACUUAGCAGUUCACGUUGGGGAACAUAGUGGUUUCAGUUGUCCAUGAGAGCUGCCAGUGUGCUGUGGUCGUAAACAUAGUCAAGGCAGAAGUAGGCUACGUUCAGAGCUCAGAAAAGGCCA